GCGGUGGAGAGCCGAGCGGGCGGGCGGCGGGUGCGGAGCGGGCGAGCGAGCGAGCGCGCGCGGCCGCCACAAAGCUCGGGCGCCGCGGGGCUGCAUGCGGCGUACCUGGCCCGGCGCGGCGACUGCUCUCCGGGCUGGCGGGGGUCGGCCGCGAGCCCCGGGGGCCCCGAGGCCGCAGCUUGCCUGCGCGCUCUGAGCCUUCGCAACUCGCGAGCAAAGUUUGGUGGAGGCAACGCCAAGCUUGAGUCCUUUCUUCUUCUCGUUCCCCAAAUCCGAGGGCAGCCCGCGGGCGUCAUGCCCGCGCUCCUCCGCAGCCGGGGGUGCGCGUGAAGCCCGGGAGGCUUGGCGCCGGCGAAGACCCAAGGACCACCCUUCUGCGUUUGGAGUUGCUCCCCCCAACCCCGGGCUCGUCGCUUUCUCCAUCCCGACCCACGCGGGGCGCGGGGACAACACAGAUCGCGGAGGAGCGUUGCCAUUCAAGUGACUGCAGAGCAGCAGCGGCGGAGCCAGCGGCGGCAGCGCCUCGGUUCCUGAGCCCACCGCAGGCUGAAGGCAUUGCGCGCAGUCCAUGCCCGUAGAGGAAGUGUGCAGAUGGGAUUAACGUCCACAUGGAGAUAUGGAAGAGGACCAGGGAUUGGUACCAUAACCAUGGUCAGCUGGGGUCGUUUCAUCUGCCUGGUCGUGGUCACCAUGGCAACCUUGUCCCUGGCCCGGCCCUCCUUCAGUUUAGUUGAGGAUACCACAUUAGAGCCAGAAGAGCCACCAACCAAAUACCAAAUCUCUCAACCAGAAGUGUACGUGGCUGCGCCAGGGGAGUCGCUAGAGGUGCGCUGCCUGUUGAAAGAUGCCACCGUGAUCAGUUGGACUAAGGAUGGGGUGCACUUGGGGCCCAACAAUAGGACAGUGCUUAUUGGGGAGUACUUGCAGAUAAAGGGCGCCACGCCUAGAGACUCCGGCCUCUAUGCUUGUACUGCCACUAGGACUGUAGACAGUGAAACUUGGUACUUCAUGGUGAAUGUCACAGAUGCCAUCUCAUCUGGAGAUGAUGAGGAUGACACCGAUGGUGCGGAAGAUUUUGUCAGUGAGAACAGUAACAACAAGAGAGCACCAUACUGGACCAACACAGAAAAGAUGGAAAAGCGGCUCCAUGCUGUGCCUGCAGCCAACACUGUCAAGUUUCGCUGCCCAGCCGGGGGGAACCCAACACCGACCAUGCGGUGGCUGAAAAACGGGAAGGAGUUUAAGCAGGAGCAUCGCAUUGGAGGCUACAAGGUACGAAACCAGCACUGGAGCCUCAUUAUGGAAAGCGUGGUCCCAUCUGACAAGGGAAAUUAUACCUGUGUGGUGGAGAAUGAAUACGGGUCCAUCAAUCACACGUACCACCUGGAUGUUGUGGAGCGAUCGCCUCACCGGCCCAUCCUUCAAGCCGGACUGCCGGCAAAUGCCUCCACAGUGGUCGGAGGAGACGUAGAGUUUGUCUGCAAGGUUUACAGUGAUGCCCAGCCCCACAUCCAGUGGAUCAAGCACGUGGAAAAGAACGGCAGUAAAUACGGGCCUGACGGGCUGCCCUACCUCAAGGUUCUCAAGCACUCGGGGAUAAAUAGUUCCAAUGCAGAAGUGCUGGCUCUGUUCAAUGUGACCGAGGCGGAUGCUGGGGAAUAUAUAUGUAAGGUCUCCAAUUAUAUAGGGCAGGCCAACCAGUCUGCCUGGCUCACUGUCCUGCCAAAACAGCAAGCUCCUGGAAGAGAAAAGGAGAUCACAGCUUCCCCAGACUACCUGGAGAUAGCCAUUUACUGCAUAGGGGUCUUCUUAAUCGCCUGUAUGGUGGUAACAGUCAUCCUGUGCCGAAUGAAGAACACGACCAAGAAGCCAGACUUCAGCAGCCAGCCGGCUGUGCACAAGCUGACCAAGCGCAUCCCCCUGCGGAGACAGGUAACAGUUUCGGCUGAGUCCAGCUCCUCCAUGAACUCCAAUACCCCGCUGGUGAGGAUAACAACACGCCUCUCUUCAACGGCAGACACCCCCAUGCUGGCAGGGGUCUCCGAGUAUGAACUUCCAGAGGACCCAAAAUGGGAGUUUCCAAGAGAUAAGCUGACACUGGGCAAGCCCCUGGGAGAAGGUUGCUUUGGGCAAGUGGUCAUGGCGGAAGCAGUGGGAAUUGACAAAGACAAGCCCAAGGAGGCGGUCACCGUGGCCGUGAAGAUGUUGAAAGAUGAUGCCACAGAGAAAGACCUUUCUGAUCUGGUGUCAGAGAUGGAGAUGAUGAAGAUGAUUGGGAAACACAAGAAUAUCAUAAAUCUUCUUGGAGCCUGCACACAGGAUGGGCCUCUCUAUGUCAUAGUUGAGUAUGCCUCUAAAGGCAACCUCCGAGAAUACCUCCGAGCCCGGAGGCCACCCGGGAUGGAGUACUCCUAUGACAUUAACCGUGUUCCUGAGGAGCAGAUGACCUUCAAGGACUUGGUGUCAUGCACCUACCAGCUGGCCAGAGGCAUGGAAUACUUGGCUUCCCAAAAAUGUAUUCAUCGAGACUUAGCAGCCAGAAAUGUUUUGGUAACAGAAAACAAUGUGAUGAAAAUAGCAGACUUUGGACUUGCCAGAGAUAUCAACAAUAUAGACUAUUACAAAAAGACCACCAAUGGGCGACUUCCAGUCAAGUGGAUGGCUCCAGAAGCCCUGUUUGAUAGAGUAUACACUCAUCAGAGUGAUGUCUGGUCCUUCGGGGUGUUAAUGUGGGAGAUCUUCACUUUAGGGGGCUCGCCCUACCCAGGGAUUCCCGUGGAGGAACUUUUUAAGCUGCUGAAGGAAGGACACAGAAUGGAUAAACCAGCCAACUGCACCAACGAACUGUACAUGAUGAUGAGGGACUGUUGGCAUGCAGUGCCCUCCCAGAGACCAACGUUCAAGCAGUUGGUAGAAGACUUGGAUCGAAUUCUCACUCUCACAACCAAUGAGGAAUACUUGGACCUCAGCCAACCUCUCGAACAGUAUUCACCUAGUUACCCUGACACAAGAAGUUCUUGUUCUUCAGGAGAUGAUUCUGUUUUUUCUCCAGACCCCAUGCCUUACGAACCAUGCCUUCCUCAGUAUCCACACAUAAACGGCAGUGUUAAAACAUGAAUGACUGUGUCUGCCUGUCCCCAAACAGGACAGCACUGGGAACCUAGCUACACUGAGCAGGGAGACCAUGCCUCCCAGAGCUUGUUGUCUCCGCUUGUAUAUAUGGAUCAGAGGAGUAAAUAAUUGGAAAAGUAAUCAGCAUACGUGUAAAGAUUUAUACAGUUGAAAACUUGUAAUCUUCACCAGGAGGAGAAGAAGGUUUCUGGAGCAGUGGACUGCCACAAGCCACCACGUAACCCCUCUCACCUGCCGCGCAUACUGGCUGUGGACCAGUAGGACUCAAGGUGGACAUGCGUUCUGCCUUCCUUGUUAAUUUUGUAAUAAUUGGAGAAGAUUUAUGUCAGCACACACUUACAGAGCACAAAUGCAGUAUAUAGGUGCUGGAUGUAUGUAAAUAUAUUCAAAUUAUGUAUAAAUAUAUAUUAUAUAUUUACAAGGAA